AUGGAGAAGAUACACAUUUCUGAUGAUGAUAGAAUUAUAUUUGCAAAAUUGACGAUACCCGCGGAACCAGACCUGUUGCCCAUCUAUGUGCUCAACAUCUAUGCGCCUGCGGAUUCAUCUCAGAACAGAGCCAUUUUCUACAACAGCCUUAUGAACUACAUCAAGUCUCUUGAUUCAUACGGUGACAUAUUGGAGCGUUUGAUUUUGGCGGGCGAUUUCAACUUUCAAUACGACCUUCGUUUGCCCAACAACGCACCCACCAAACGACCAGCAGCAUUUGUCUUGUUUACGGAUACCUUCCUUCAUGAUUGUAACAACAACUACAGUGACUCCCUCUUUGAAACUCUUCCAACCUUUCGACGGGGCAAGGUCAUUAAAACGCUUGACUACAUCAUGGUGGGCCGCCAGCUGAAGGAACUCUACUUUGACAAUAACGUUGAGCACGUCUCUUCGGUGUGGACUGACCAUGCUUUAUUGACCAUCAAGCUGCGUCUUCAACUCAACAACACGGGCAAAGGGUUAUGGCGGGCCAACCCCAACCUGGUGCACUACAAGUCCUAUGUGAAGAAGAUCCACUCUGGUAUCAGCCACUUCAUGCAGACCAUCCUUGCUAACUCCUCAGAUAGCAAUCAGAUCAAAUGGGACCAUUUGAAGGGCUACAUCCGAAAAUUGACUAAAGCUUACUGCAGUAACCGUGCCUCCUGGAGGAAACAGCGUCUCAAGGAUCCUCAAAGCUCUCGGAAUCAGCUCAUCCGUCGGUUAAAAGGUGAUCAGGAAGCAUUGCAGCAGGAACUCCCCAAGGUUGAGAAACCUAUUACUCAGUUGGAACAUGAAAUUGCCCUCAAUGCUACUCUCAAAGCGGGUAGACUUUGGCUAGACAACAACGAACACUCGAUCGGCUUCUUGAAGAAGACGGGUGAAAGGCGUCUUGCUCAACGGACAAUGGACACUAUCACUCACCCAACGACAGAAGUUCCCUGUACUACCACUGCGGAUAAGCUGGAGGCGGUUCAUGCUUACUAUGAUGUGCUGUACUCUCCCGAGCCAACUCAUCGUUACUCUAUGGACAAGUUGCUCAGAGGUAUCCAGAAUACAAUUUCCGUGGACGAUGCUGAAUUCAUUAUCUCAUCUAUUGACAUGGAUGAUAUUCUGAAAUCUGCUACCCGUUGCCCCAAGGUCAGUAGCCCAGGCAGAGAUGGACUCCCUUAUCCCAUUCUUCGUCUGAUAUUGGCGCACCCUGACUGCAAGGAUCUCGUGCUUGCUGUAUACAACGACGCUCUCAAUCUCGGUGUGUUCCCACCCUCUUGGCAGGAAACGUGUAUAGUGCUCUUACCUAAGAAGGGUGAUCUGUGGAACUUGGCAAACUGGCGUCCGAUUUCACUUAUCAACACUGAUUGCAAGAUAUUCACCAGGAUCUUGAAUUCAAGGGUCAUUGGAGCGGCCAACAAGGUCAUUACUGGACAUCAAGCAGGCUUCAUGCCUACACGAUUUAUUGGUGACCACGGUCUUGCUCUGCGACUCCUCAUGGAGGACGCCCAAUUACAUUCUAAUCGUGCUGUUGGUGUUGUAAUUGACAGUGCCAAGGCUUACGAUUAUGUAAACGAACAGUAUAUUUGCAAGGUGCUCCAGAAGUUUGGUUUCCCCUCUACAUUCAUUACCAGUGUUCGUAAUCUGUUCUUUAAGACCAAGAUUGCGAUCAAUGUGAAUGGGUUUAUGACGGAUCCAGUGUCUCAAAAGCGUGGGCUUCGCCAGGGCGACUCCAUCUCCCUUGUACUUUUUAACUUUGCUCUGGAACCUCUUCUGCUGGCUAUUCUAAAAGAUGCGAAAAUCAAGGGAUACUCUAUCCACACUGCUGCUGUCAAGUCGUCUUCCCUGCAAUUGGUGGCGCCCGCUCCUGUCAAAUUGCUGGCUUAUGCCGAUGAUCUGCUGUCCAUCGCCUUCCCUUUGGCUGGAGAUAGGUCCCGCGUGCGUCCUGACUUGUUUCGCCUCUCUAGUCGGCUCCAGUUUCAAUGGUACGACUCGGAUAGUCCAUCUUACAUUAAGUACCUUGGCUAUCCUAUAUGGUUCAGCAAAGCCCAGCGAGAUGACUUCUGUAAAGGAACUAUCCUCAAGCUUCAAGCCUCCCUGGAUAGACAUCGUACAAGAAGCAUUUCUGUCUACGGUCGUGCAAACAUGGUAAAUUCGUUGUUCCUAGCUCGCUUUUGGCACAUGCUGCGUGUCACUACCCUGCCCACCGCUUUUGAGCGAAAGAUCUCUUCCUUGGUGUACCAAUUUGUCUGUCAUAAGAUUGUACCCACCAUGAAGAAAUCCGUCAUAUACCUGCCAAAGCAUGUCGGUGGUCUAGGCGUCAUUGAUAUUAAGGUGCAACAGCACAUCUUGCAACAACGCUAUGUUCGCGCUUUGCUUUUGGAUAAUCAGGUCUCUCGCCCCAUUCCUGCUUUCCUCAUGCAACUGCUAUGCGCGUUCAUACAGGUCACCUACGGGGCUGCCCACCCUCAACUGCCAUUGCUGUUCCGUAACCUGCGUUUUGGAACCUCAUUGCCUCACCAACACUGCUUGCUGCCAAUCCUCCGCUCGGUGGAUGCCUUUGCUGUUGAAGCGUCUUGGUCUGAUUGUGGUUUGUCGGUGGAUACGUUGUUACAGUUGCCUAUGACAGAGCUCUUUGAUCCGGCAACUACCGAUCCCAGUCUUCUGUAUCACAAACAGUUCCGUCAGUUGCCUGCCCGUGUCUUUCUCGAACAAAGUCGUCUCCCUGAGGCCUUGAAUGGUCGCGGCCGUACGCUCAACACCAUCCACUUUGUGUCUUCCCUUUGCCCCAUUCUUCUUGCCAAUCCUGCUGGUCCUGAGCCAUUACUUGUCACCGGUGGAGGUGUUGAUCUGUCGCCCUACUAUUGUCACAAGCUCUCCUACCAAGGUAUUACGAUUCUGUCCAUGUCUAAUACCGAGCUUCGUGCAAUGUACAUGCGCGAUCACCCUCCAAUAACCAACCCUCGGGUAGAUGUAAACCGACUCACCGUGGCUUCUUUUCUUCAAACGAAAAUGCCCAGUGCAGCUCGUAAUCUUUGGUUCCGGUUGAUUCAUAAUAAGGUCUCUUCCAAAGUCAAUGUGUACAAGAUCUUCAAGCUACCAGAUGAUCUUUGCGUGUAUUGUGGCUACCGUGAGACUACCACUCACAUGCUCUUUACUUGCCCUGCCAAUUGGGACAUUUGGAUAAAUUACUUUGCCCUGCUUUUUGUGCCUCUUGGGCCACUUGAUAUGAGCCAAGUUGCUACGGAUGUCCUCUCCCUGGACCUCUCCUCGUACUGCCUCUUGGAUUCAUCCCUCAAGGUGUCCACGUUUGAAGCCGUAACCUGUGUUAUCACAGCUAUUUGGCGCGCCAAAUGGCGUGAUCAUUAUGAUAGCGUUGGUUUUGACAAUCAGUCCGUAAUGGACCGUGCCAUGACCAACUUGCGUAGAAUAUCCUCUCUUAACUUGUUAAGCUAA